AUAGAUAAAAGGCCAAAAAUGAUUCCCUACUGCCAGUGAACGCUUUGUUAUUUGUUAGCCAAGUCAUAAUGACAGUACGAUAUCUCUUCUAUUCUACACUCACUUAGUAUUUCUCCCACUUUGAAGACCAUGUGUUGUGUUAGAACACUAUAAUCCCUAGGCCUUAACUUCCCCCUUAAAGUUGUUUCACCAUGAUGAGCCUGAAAAGCAGUAAGAGAGGAAUGAUGAAUGGUUUCAUGUGCCACUCUCGAGCAUCAACAGCAGUGUGCACUUGUAGCAUCGAUCUUGGGUCUGUGGUUGUGCCAAGGACUAAGACUAGGAGUCAUGAAAGAAGUGUUUCUUUGGAUGAUACAAGGUUGAUCAACUAUGCCAAGUACUCCAAACUUGUUAAACCUACAAGGUUCAAUUCAGCUCACAAGAAAUCUGCCUCUCUCUCUCUACCAAACAUCAAGCAUCAAGAGAAUGAAUCAAAGGAACUUCAGAAAACGCCAACAGAUAAUGUCUUCCAGUUCCAGGUGGUUGUGAUGCGGGUUGCUAUUCAUUGUCAAGGAUGUGCUGGUAAAGUGAAAAAGCAUCUGUCUAAGAUGGAAGGUGUUACAUCAUUCAGUGUGGAUGUAGAGUCGAAGAGGGUGACAGUGAUGGGACACAUUUCUCCCAUGGGAGUCCUUAAUAGCAUUUCAAAGGUGAAGAGAGCUGAGUUCUGGAAUUGUUAAGAUCAGUACCUUGAUUGUUAGCAUUUAGCAAUAGAACUAGACUAAACAUGGUGGAAAUUUGUAUUUUGCCUUUGCCUCUGAAAUUUGACCUAGUAGUGGUUAUCUUAGAAUAAAAUUAAGGAAUGUGACUAGGCAGUUAGUGAUUGUGAAGUUCAAAAACAAUUAUUGAUAUCUAGCCCUUCACUUCCUAUUUGCAAUUUCUUUCAUAUUGAAUCCCUUGUAAGAUCAUGGCGUUGGUGCCUCACUUCUUAUCUUUAAAUUUCCAUUUCCGUUGAAUGUAGUUAUUGAUGAAAAUUAGGUGACAUAUUUAUUCA